AUGACGAACCCCAACUCAGCCUUUGCCCAGGCGCAGGCCCGCCUCGCCGCCCGCCGACAAGAGCGCGAAACCGAAGCCAGGGCUCGAGUCGCAGCGGCACAGUCGGCAUCUCGCCUGCGCACCCAACUAGCAGCCUCCUCCUCACCGAUGCUACGGGGUUUUGGCAGCUCGGCGCUGGCUUUCUGGGACGCCGCCACAUCUCGCGAAGGCACCAGGCCGGCUUUCCGCGUAGGCCAGGUCGACGCCGAGCUGCUGGACGAAGAGCUUCUGGGUCAACUUCGUGCCCAGGUCAGCGAGGGACUGCGAUACCUAGGUGGCGGCGGUACUGGCAGCAGGUUGGGGGACGACUGGGCGCCCGAGAUACUGCUGGCCCUGCGUGCGGUGCUGUUCAAGCUUACGAUAUGGGACCACGAUGCGACUUAUGGCGCUGCACUGCAAAACUUGAAGUACACCGACGCCAGGAAUAGAGGCUCAGUUCCAGUACCACCAUCUCGACUGCAAAAGGCCCUCUACGGCACUAUGACUGUUUGCGGCAAAUAUGUGUGGACCAAGUGGGAAGACUGGCUCAUUGAUCAGGACAACGGUGCCUACGAUAGUCAGCAAACAAGACCGGUUGUACAGCGGUUGUCACGACUAACAGAACUGGCUUCCAACAUACAUGCAGCCGGUGCCCUUGUGUCAUUCAUGGCUUUUCUCAUCAAUGGACGAUAUCGUACAUUACUGGAUAGAAUACUUCGGAUGCGCCUUGCGCCACCAACAAGCCAGGUCAGCCGUGAGGUUUCGUUCGAAUACCUCAACAGACAACUAGUGUGGCAUGCCUUUACCGAGUUUCUGCUAUUCGUCCUCCCACUCAUCGGCAUAAAUCGAUGGCGCAAGUGGAUCACGCGAACCUGGCGGCGGACCAAGGACGCCAUCACCGCAGGCACAAAUGGUGAAGGCGAAGAGGGCGGCGAGAAGAAGGGCGAGUUCGCAUUCCUGCCAGAGCGCACUUGCGCCAUCUGCUACCAAGACCAGAACUCGGGUGCCAAUACCGAGGAAGAGAUACUUGCGGCAGCGGCAGCAUCAAGUGGCGUGAUUGGCUCCGCACAAACAGACAUUACAAAUCCAUACGAGACAAUACCAUGCGGUUGUAUAUACUGCUUCGUGUGCCUGGCCACGCGCCUGGAACGAGAGGAGGGUGACGGCUGGGUCUGUCUGCGAUGCGGAGAGAUUGUCAAAGAGUGCAAGCCCUGGAGCGGGGAUGUGCUGGAGCCGAAAUCAUCAAAUAAAAGAUCACCAGGUGCAAAGGCAGUCACCUUUGUAGACGAUGUGGUUGUGGUAGAAGAUAUGCCAAGAGAUACGACGUCAGUUUCUGAUAAGGUUGACGAGUCGGAAGCAACUGAACCAAGGACCGAGGAGAGCGCAAGAUAUCGCGAAAGCGAUAGUAGCUCGGAUGAUGGAGGCUCUGAAGCCUAUGAAGAGGAGGAAGAUGAACUGGGCGACGACCUGCGCAACUAG